AUGUAUACUAAAAGUCUAAAAAGAUAACGUUAUGUCACCAUUCAAGUUUCUUUUAGCAAACCACCAUUACUGAGUAUAGUAAUAGGAGUACUGCACUACAGAAAAACCUGAUACAGACUUACAUGUUUACUCAUCUAUCCAUGUUAUGUUUGGUAGCAGUACUUCAUAACACAACAAGGCAAGAACUAGACCGUGCCUUGUUGCGAUGACUCAGUGAUAAAGUGAGAGAGAGGGAGAGACAAGUGAAAAGGCAGAAGUCAAUCUCUCAAUUUAUAAUGGCUACCUUACUAAAAGCUUUUUCUUCAGCUACAUUGACCACAACUUGCAGAAAUUCAGUGAGUUUUAGGGUGUCUGGAAGUGGGUUUCCUUCAUUUUUACCUAAAGAAGUUGAGAAAAUUAAAGACCCAUAUGCUAGAAAACUUGCUCAAAGGAUUGAGAGAAUACCAGUAAAGACUAGUUUCUCAGAGAAUUCAAUUCUUAGUAGUUGUGUGAAGCCUUCGAAGCAGAAUGAGAAACAUCCACUUGUUCUUCUACAUGGUUUUGACAGCUCUUGUUUAGAAUGGAGAUAUACAUACCCAUUGCUUGAGGAAGCUGGGAUGGAGGCAUGGGCAGUGGAUAUACUUGGUUGGGGUUUCUCUGAUUUAGGCAUCCUUCCGCCAUGUAAUGUGACAUCAAAGCGUGAGCAUCUCUAUCAGCUUUGGAAGUCAUAUAUAGGAAGGCCAAUGAUAUUAGUUGGACCAAGUCUUGGUGCUGCUGUUGCAAUUGACUUCGCCGUAAACCAUCCGGAAGCUGUUGAGAAACUGGUGUUAAUUGAUGCAAGUGUCUAUACAGAAGGCACGGGGAAGUUAUCAACAUUGCCUAAAAUUAUAGCAUAUGCUGGGGUCUCCGUGUUGAAAAGUGUUCCUUUACGCUUGUAUGCAAAUUAUCUUUGCUUUGAUGGAAUUUCGUUUAAUUGCGCCAUCGACUGGACUAGUAUUGGCCGUUUACACUGCUUAUUUCCUUGGUGGGAAGAUGCAACAGUUGACUUUAUGAUCAGUGGGGGAUAUAAUGUUUGUCAACAGAUACAACAGAUGAAACAGGAAACACUCAUCAUAUGGGGUGAGAAUGACCAAAUCAUCAGCAACACACUGGCCAUGAGACUAAAUACUGAACUGCAAAACUCAUCUUUGCAUCAAAUCCCAAAUGCCGGUCAUCUCCCUCAUGUAGAAAAACCGGAUUCAGUUUCCAAGUUGAUCGCCAACUUCGUCCAAGAAUGUAAGAUCACAGAAAAAAUAUCUGUUUACAAAUAGGUUAUGUGAAACAAUAUGGGCUCUACACUAUUGUUUUCUGUAAUAUAUUUGUAACUUUUAAACACUAACUCUUUUUUUUUUUAAAUACAACUUAUGCAGCUUUUAUGAGUUAA